AUGGCCGCCGUGUACUCAUCGAAUGCUGCCUCAAAAGUGGAAAAUACUUCGUGGAAAGAUUUCCUAUUCGGUACAAAAUGGAAAUCAUCAUCAAGCCCUUCAUCGAGAGAUUCAAGAUUUUUACCAAUAUUUAACGUAAUACCCAUUGGGCCGUCGUUAUGUUUGGCACCGUCCGGCGAAGUUGGAAAUUGUUUGCCAAACAAAGAUUGCAUACUACGAGCUGGAAUUCCGGCUGGUCCCUGCGGUGGUGGUUAUGGACUUUGUUGUGUUUUUUUACAGACCUGUGGUGGCGUUAUUAGAGAAAAUUCUACAUAUUUCGUUAAUCCCAAUCAUCCGGAUACAUAUGAUGGCACGGGCAGCUGCCAGGUUACGGUACAAAAAAUGCAUCCAGAUAUAUGUCAAUUGAGAUUAGAUUUGGAUAUGUUUUCCAUAGCACCACCUGAGUCGGUAAAUCAUUUGUGUACUCAAGAUCAGUUGUUAAUCUCUGGCAGCAGUCCAGUUCCCACGAUUUGCGGCAUUUCAUCAGGUGAUCACAUGUACAUUGAUGCUGGUCUGGGACAAAGUAAUCCCAUUGUUAUUUCUGUCAUCACAAGUGGAACAUUCCCGCGCAUCUGGCGCAUACGAGUAACGCAAAUUCAUUGCGGUAGCAUAGCUCGUGCUGAACAAGGUUGUUUGCAAUAUUAUACUGGAAUUAGUGGUCGUGUAAGGAGUUUCAACUUUAACACUGUCUCCGGCAGACAAUUAUCAAAUCAGGAUUAUAGUAUUUGUAUACGAACUGAGAGAAAUUUUUGUGGCAUACAAUAUAAUGCAUGCCCAGAUUUGGAAAACAAUCGUUCCAGAUCAUUCACCUUAUCGGGAAAUUCAAAUAACCCGACGGGAACCAUGGUUGGUGGCGGUACUCAAGUAACACAAAAUGCUUGUAUCCAAGAUUGGCUACUAAUUGGCUGUAUGCGUUCCGCUGAUCGUAUUCCACCACAAAGUGCCUGUGAAGAUCGAGUUUGUGGCGGAACAUUUAGUGCCGAAGUUGGCAUGGUACAAAAAACCGUACAAUCAAGCGUUAGACCCUUCCGUCUUUACUUCCACACAGAUGGUAUCGAAGCGCCGACAGAUAUAGAUAAUCGUGGCUUUUGUCUAGAUUAUGUACAACAACCGUGUACAAAUGGGUUUUAA